ACCUAGAAAUGGCAUGUUGAUAAUUAUGUGUAAUCAUAGGCCUGGCUGGAAAAUAACUUAGGGGUUUCAGUCACUGAAGGGAACACAUUAUUUUAGUAACUUUGUCUCAGAAAAGCAGUAUUUUUUCAGAUACCUAUUGUAUUUUCAGGCUUAUAGUUAUUCUAAUGUACAGAAAUUAAAUACUUGUGAAUACCUCAAAUUAAAAGAUGUUAACAGUAGAUAAAACAUAUGGAUACCGUUAAAAAUGUAUGUAGGCUUUAUUAAACCACAUAUCAUUUGGUAAAUGGAUAAUACCUGUUUUCCUAAUCUGUGGAGAGAGGCACAGAAUUAUUUUAUACUUUAGUUAAAAUCUAUUAUUAGUAACUAACAGAUACCGUACAGCUUUGUUGAUGGUAAAAUAUAACCCAAGCGCUUAGGGGUGAAGACAAGAUGACCCUGCUGUUUCAGAGACCAGAGGGUUCCCCAGCUCAGGAGAGGGGUGCCAUGGGGGCGGAGCCAGCUCCCGUGUUUGAGUCAUGCUGAGACGUGUGGGUCUAGUGAAGGGAGAGCUACCACUUUAAGCUCUUAGAGGAGUUUGAGAAGAGAGAACUCGCUUUACUUCAGGGAUGAGCAAACUCCCCAGUCUUUGGACCCCAGAGGCCCUAACUGGGUAAUUCAUACCCCUCACUUCAUGGCACCCGCUUACCGUGGGUCCAUGUGUGGGCCUCUUUGAUUCGAUUUUAAUUUUUAACAAGGACUUUCUGUAAUACUGCCCCACACGAUCACGAACACUGACAAAACCGACCCGCCUGCAGCCAGGCUCUGUCGAAGCUCACGCUUCCCUUUUAUCACAUGCAGACCCCGGGAAAUGCCUGAUUUCACUGUAGUUGAUUUUAUCUUUUUGAAGAGAUAAUUAUGUUGUUGAUAAUCUUCUGGAACCUUUUUUCGUUUCCAAUUAGAUCUCUACAUUUAUUCAUCUGUAUCAUGACAUAACACCUCUGUCGCAUAACCCCCGGGUGGGAACACUCUGCAACUUACUGCCUGUUAAGGGCCCAGGGAGAACCUGCAAACCCAGGGAGCCCAGGGGCGGGGCUGGUGGCUGCCUGCAACUUGCGUUGUGUGACUGCCCCAAAGCUAAUGGUGCCAGGGCUGGCCACUGGCUGACCACGUAGGAAAGACAGGCCGGGUGUCUCCAGGGAGGCAUCUCAGAGGGGUGCUAUAGGGAAGGACGAAGACAAGUUAAUUACUAGGGAAAACUUCAUGUGGUGGUGUUCCCGUAGGUCUUAGUCAUGCAACAUUAAUAGAGAAUAUUUGAAUUAAUGUUUGAACUAAUGUUCGUGCCUCUAAACUUCGGUGGAAUUUAUAUCUUAAUAAUGAUGAGAAAGAAUGUUUUGUAUUUUGGGCUCCAUCUUUGUCAUUUCUAUCUCCCUAAUUGUGGAGGCGAAGCCCCAGAUGGGAAAGCACAGGGAAUCUGUUUGGCGAGGCGGCCUGGUCCAUGUGUAGUGUGUGACGCUGGAGGGCGCCGUUGUCCAGGAGCGCGUCCUGGGGAGGUGACGCGGGUCCGGCUGUGCCCGCGCCUUCCCUCUCUCCGAGCCCCUUCCGGCUGUGCGAUGAGGUUCGCGUGUGAAAGCCUCAGGUCCUUGAACACCGCGAUGAAGAACCUGUGCGAGAUCCUGACCCAGGACCCAGAGGGGGGGCCUGCGCGCAUUCCCUUCAAGACUUUCUCCUACGUCUACCGCUACCUGUCCAGCCUGGACUCGGAUAUUGCUACUUCGGAAACGGAAGCCUAUCUCGCCUCGCUGAAGGACAACAUAGACAAUAGAAAGAAUGGCAUGAUAGGACUUAUGGAUUUCUUCGUCAUAACGAGGAAAAUGUAAAAAAUCUCAAAUAGAAAACUCAGAAGACAUGCCAUUAAUACAGAGAAAAACACAUUUUAAUGUCGAAAGAGUGUGCUUUAAAACCUUGGCACCAAUUACAACUUGUCAUUAACCACA